AUGUCGUUGGAGGACGAUCAAAGGGCCAAACAACUUGAAGAAGCUAGAAAGCGGGUAGAAGAGCUUCGAAACAAGAAGAAAAAGAAGGGUAAAAAGAAAAAGACGCAAGCAGAGGAUGACGAGAGUGCAACGAAGGAAAAGGACGAGGAUACUGUGAAAGAUGCUGUUGUGGAAGUAAAAGACCAAGAUAAGGAAGUGACACCACAAAAUGUCGAGAAUGCGGGAGUGGAGGACGCUCGUGAAGACGAAGAGAAGCAGGAUGUAGCGGAACUGGCAGAAGAAGAAGUAGAAGAAGCAGGAGAAGAAGCAGGAGAAGAAGCAAGAGAAGAAGCAGGAGAAGAAGCAGGAGAAGGAGAUGCAGAUGCUGCCAUUCCAGACUCUGAAAACGGUAAGACCGAGAUAUCAAAAGAAAACCCCCUUGACGGGAAACCGGUAGGGCAUCAAGCAAACGUUGAAGAUCUGUUUUCGACGUCAGACGCACAGGAGCCCGAUUUUCUGACGAAGCUUGCAGAGGAAAAAGAAAUAGACGCCAAAAAGGCCCUCCAAGAGCAAGUCGAAAAUCUGACUCAACAGCUGAAAAAGCAGAAAUUCACUAAUAUGGAUCACGAAACAACAAUCGAAGAACUUGAAGAAAAAGUACAAGAUUUGCAGUCCGCCCUGGAGUCCUGUAAGCAAGAAUUGGAAGCUACGAAACGUGAAUUGGAAGCCGAAAAACGUAAGCCUGCCAUGUUGCUGGUUGAGAAUUCGUCAGGCAACGAAUCCAGCCUUAACUCGCCGCCACUUUUCACGAAAUUUACGUCGCACGCGUCAGGAGAACACGCGUGGCCCACCAUGACACCAGUUGCAACGCAUGUGGAUCGUGCUCUGAUCGACAAGUGGAAAAAUUGGAACGUCGACAUGACAAGCUGGAGAAGUAUUGGAUCUGGGCCCAUUGUGGACCUGUGA